AUGGACUCAUCUUCUCCCUCACCCAUCUCUUUACCCGAUCAAAAACCCAAGAAAACCUUCGUGGAUUCACUAAUGGACUCCGCCACCACUCCCCACCGCACGCCGUCGUUCAAAGAAGACACUUACCAUCUCCACAACCUCAAACCUUCAGAAAAGAAAGCCCUCCAAGAACUCAAAGACAAACUCACCACCACCUCCGACGACGACAAUGCGUCCAUGUGGGGCAUCCCAUUGCUUCCACCCACCGCCACCACCGAAAAAUCCGACGUCAUUCUUCUGAAAUUCCUCAGGGCAAGAGACUUUAGGGUUCAAGAUUCACUCAACAUGCUCCUCAAGUGUCUUUCAUGGCGGAAAGAUUUCGGAGCCGACUCCAUUGUUGAAGAGGAUUUAGGGUUUAAAGAACUCGAAGGUCUGGUGGCGUACAUGAAUGGGUGGAGAGUGCAAGUUCUUGAAAGAGGGAUCAAGAUGCUCCAUUUAAGACCUGGUGGUAUUAAUUCGAUUAUUCAGGUUACUGAUCUUAAAGACAUGCCCAAAAGAGAGCUUAGAGUUGCUUCCAAUCACAUUCUCUCUCUCUUCCAAGAUAAUUACCCAGAAAUGGUUGCUCGUAAGAUCUUUAUCAAUGUACCAUGGUACUUCAGCAUGUUAUACUCGAUGUUCAGUCCAUUCUUGACUCAAAGAACCAAAAGCAAGUUUGUGCUUUCUAAGGAAGGAAAUGUCGCAGAAACCCUUUACAAUUCACGUUUGUUUGUCUGUGGGGUGAACUGCAUUCAAGUUUUGUACUCCAUGUACAUUAGGCCAGAGGAUGUUCCAGUACAGUAUGGUGGACUGAGUCGACCCAGUGAUUUGAACAAUGGUCCUCCUAAACCAGCUUCUGAGUUCACAGUCAAAGGUGGAGAAAAAGUUAAUAUUCAAAUUGAGGGCAUUGAGGCGGGUGCAACCAUAACUUGGGAUAUUGUGGUUGGAGGGUGGGAUUUGGAGUAUAGUGCAGAGUAUGUCCCCAUUGCAAAUGGAAGCUACUCGAUUGCGGUUGAGAAAACUAGGAAGAUGGGGCCCACAGAAGAAGCGGUUCACAACUCUUACACUGCAAAAGAAGCGGGAAAGUUGGUUUUGUCUGUUGAUAACUCGGUUUCAAGAAAAAGGAAGGUGGCAUCGUAUAGGUAUCUAGUAAGGAAAUCGGGUGCUGUGAUGUGAGUUUGUUUCAUUGUUGUUGUGUCGUGUUUUGUUAUGGUGUUUUUUGUGGUAUUGAGAGAUUGUAAUGAAGUAAUGAUGUUUGUCUACGUGAUAUGUAAGUUGUAAGUUGUAACCAUAAAAACGGUUGUAUUACAUUUUGUCUAAUUAGAAUAAGAGUAGAUUAAAUAUUAGAUUUCGUUUUCAAGGAUAUGAUCGUUCUUAUAAAAAGGUCAUUGAUAAAAGGUUGAAUGG